CUCGCGCCGCCGCCGGAGGAUGUAGCUGGGGCCGCGCCGCUGCUGCUGCUGCCGCCGCCGAGUCCAGUCGGGAGAGGGACCCCCCCCACCCAGCGCCGGUGCAGCUUCCCCUGCCGGGCCGGGGCUGCCGGGCCAGCGGCGACCCUGUCUGCCGGCUGCGAGCGAGCAGGAGCGGGCGGAGGGCCAGGGGCAGCGGACCCGCCCGGCCAGACCAUGUCGGAGGUGCUGCCCUACGGCGAGGACAAGCUGGGCCACUACGGGGAGGGCGGGGAGGUGGGGCAGAUCUCCUUCACCUGCCGCCUGCAGGACACCAGCAACUUCUUCGCGGGGGGGCAGAGCAAGAGGCCCCCCAAGCUGGGGCAGAUCGGCAGGAGCAAGAGAGUUGUCAUUGAAGAUGAUAGAAUUGAUGAUGUGCUGAAAAAUCUUUCAGAAAAGGCACCUCCUGGUGUUUAAUUCCCUCCCAGAGACACUGAGUAAAGGGGAAAAAUUAAUUUACAAUAUAACACAUUAUUGGCAACAAACAAACAAAAAAGCA